GUCACUUGACAUAUCCGUUAUAAAAUUGUUAUUUUGUAUUUAUUUGCAUUUUAGCAAAUAAAUAUUUACCUACAAAAUAGGUAUUAAAGGACAGGACACCUAGGUAUUAAAAGCAGAGAAUAUUCAUAGCGAGCAAAAAAGCGAUAUAGCAAUUUGUUGAUAUGGAAUCUGAAAAUAUAUCAAAACAGAUUGAAGAAGUUGAAGCAUUAAGUUCAAUUUACAGUGAUGAUUGGACAACCGACAGUGAAGCGACAAGGUCUUAUAGUAUAAAAAUCAAAGACGAUAAAAAUGAAGUAAUUCUAUAUGUUACCAUGACUGAUGGUUAUCCUAGUGAAAGUCCUCCUAAAUAUGAAUUAUCAGCUCCAUGGAUGGACAGAAAGUUGAAAGAAAAUCUUCAUUGUUUGCUGGAUGAGAUUUAUUUAGAUAAUUUAGGACAAACUGUCAUAUUUCUGUGGGUCGAGAAAAUCAGGGAAAUAUUACAAACAAUAAAACCUGUAGAAUCUGUGAAGGAAAAGACUUUGAUAGAAGAAACAUUGGAUGUGUCUCAGAUAGAAAUCAAAUGCCCAGACAUUACUCAUGGAGAGGUUAUAAUUGACAGAAAAAGUUCAUUUCAAGGACAUGCAGCGGAAGUUUACAGCAUUGAAGAUGUUCAUGCUGUAUUGGCGAAACUCAAUCAAAACAAGAAGAUACAAAAUGCAACACACAACAUGUAUGCAUAUAGAAUAGAGAAGAAGACUGAUAAGGGCACAACUGUGCUACAAGAUUGCUCUGAUGAUGGAGAGGCACACGCUGGGGGCCGGAUGCUUCAUCUCUUACAGAUCUUGGAUCAGAAAAAUACUGUUGUUGUUGUUUCUCGAUGGUAUGGCGGCAUCCAAUUAGGUCCUGACAGAUUUCGACACAUAAACAAUGCAACUAGACAAGUUAUUCAACAAGCUGGGCUUUUGAAGAAAUGACACUGAUAUUGUUGACUCCUAUGUAUGACUAUUUAACCAAAAGGCUUUUAUAUAAAACACAUUGGAUACCUUUUAAUUUGAAAAUAUGAACAUGUGUUCAUGUGUAAAAUAUUAUAUGU